UCUUCUGAUAGAGUCUCCUCGUUCAAAGGUUUAUCUUGCAAUUCCCCCCUUCAGCUCCCAACUUUUUCGGUCCACUCCCUCGUCCCUCACCUUGUCAAGAUGAAGUACGCCACUGUCGUCGCUGCCCUCCUCGGAGCCAACGCUGCUCUUGGUGCUCGUUUCACUGAGAAGCGUCGCGAGCGUAACGAGGCCCGCCUUGCCCGUCGCUCGGGCUCGGUCCGUCUCCCUGCUACCAACAGCGAGGGUGUCGCUAUCGACGCUGCUGAGUCUCGCAAUGAUACCACCAACGUCGAGUACUCGUCCAACUGGGCUGGUGCCGUCCUCAUCGGCUCUGGCUACAAGUCUGUGACUGGCACCUUUGUCGUUCCCACCCCCAAGUCCCCCGGCAGCGGCAACACCGAGUAUGCUGCUUCUGCCUGGGUUGGUAUCGACGGCGACACUGCCCAGAACUCUAUCCUCCAGACUGGUGUCGACUUCUACGUCGAGGGAUCCUCGGUCGCCUAUGAUGCUUGGUACGAGUGGUACCCCGACUACGCUUAUGACUUCUCUGGCAUCUCCAUCUCCGCUGGCGACACCAUCAAGGUCACCGUCACUGCUACGACCACCACCAGCGGCACUGCUGUUGUCGAGAACGUCACCAAGGGAACCACUGUCACCCACACCUUCACCGGCCAGAGCGCUGCCCUUCAGGAGCUCAACGCUGAGUGGAUCGUCGAGGACUUCGAGGAGGGUGACGAGCUUGUGCCCUUCGCCAACUUUGGCACCGUCACCUUCACUGGUGCCGAGGCCACCACCUCGUCCGGAACUGUAACUGCCGCCGACGCCACUCUGAUCGACAUUGAGCAGAACGGCGAGGUCCUGACCAGCGUUACCGUGUCUGGCAGCACCGUCACCGUCAAGUACGUUUAAGAAGGACCGCUAAUUCAUUAAUUGUGCUUCUGGGGAAGAGGGAGAGCUUUUCACCGGGAAGGGGGAGGGAAGGGAGGAAGAACAGGGAGCAGAGUCCACGGGGGUUUGUUGAGGACAUAAUUCGUACGGCGGCACCUAGUUUUCUAGGUUGUCUAUUCCUUUCAUACAGAACAGGUUCAGACCUUUCUGGCUCAUUUGGACAUAGCUAUUAGCUGAACGUUAGUUGUAUAGUCUGCUUCAAAUCUAUAACUGGACAUGCAC